AUGCGUGCGGCGCUGCUUGUGUGUGCCCUGCUGGGCCUUGCGGCACUGUCAGCUGUAGAGGCCACGGUGUACUUCCACGAGGAGUUCAGCAGCCUUGAGCGCUGGACCCCCUCCAAGCACCGCGACGACCUCGGCAAGGUGGAGCUGUCGGCCGGCGACUUCUACGCGGACGCGGAGAAGAGCAAGGGGCUGCGGCUGACGGAGGACGCCCGCUUCUACGCCGUUUCGACGGCCCUGCCGACGCCCAUCACGAACGACGGGAAGGACCUCGUGGUCUCCUUCUCGGUGAAGCACGGGCAGGAGCUGAAGUGCGGGGGCGGCUACAUCAAGCUGCUCCCCGCGAUGGACGCGGAGAAGUUCAACGGCGAGACGAAGUACUGGCUGAUGUUCGGCCCGGACCGCUGCGGGGCGAAGAGCAAGGUGCAGAUCAUCCUGCACCGCAACGGCGAGAACCACGAGUGGUCGAAGGAGGUCCGCUUCCCGGUCGACAAGCUGACCCACGUGUACACCCUGCACAUCGCCGCCGACAACACCUACGAGUUCUUCCUCGACGGCGAGUUGAGGGCGAAGGGCGAGCUCGAGGCGGACUGGCACCUCCUGCCGCCGCGCGAGAUCGUCGACCCGGACGACACGAAGCCGGCGGACUGGGUGGACGCGGCGACCAUCGACGACCCGGCGGACACGAAGCCGGCGGACUGGGACGACGAGCCCGCUAUGAUCCCGGACGCCGCGGCGAAGAAGCCGGACGACUGGGACGACGCGGAGGACGGCGAGUGGGAGGCGCCGAUGGUGCCGAACCCGAAGGCGAAGGGUGCCUGGACGCCGCGGAAGAUCCCCAACCCGGCGUACAAGGGCGCGUGGGAGCCGCGGAAGAUCCCCAACCCGGCGUACAAGCCGGACGACAGCCUCUACAAGAUCCCGGAGCCGCUCGCACACGUUGGCAUCGAGCUCUGGCAGGUGGAGUCCGGCAGCAUCUUCAAGGACAUCGUGCUGGGCGACGACGUGGCGGAGGUGCUGGAUCUGGUGAAGAAGACGUACGGCAGCCUGAAGCAGGCGGAGGCGGAGGCGCUCAAUGCCUUUGAGGGGAAGCAGAAGGAGGCGGAGAAGCAGAAGGAGGCGGAGGAGCAGAAGGAGGCGGAGGCAGCGGAGAACGAGGUGGAGGCGGAGGCGGCGGCGAUGGAAGACGAAGAAGCGGAGAAGAAGGCGGACGCCGACGGCGACAAGGAGGACUUGUAA